UCUAUGUUUCAUUUAUACCUCCAUGCCUACACAAUCAAAUUUGAGUGAAAGAAAGCAAUUGAGGGAAAACAAAGAGCAAUUUACAAAUACAUAUAUUACUUCUCUACUUUCCUUCCUUCUUAUUCUUAAUGGCUAUAGUUAAACCAAAUUUUGGGUUUUUUGUUUGCAGAGAUGUAGAUUGUUGCUGCAUUUCAAAGGAUAAAGAGGAUAAAUGGCAGGAUAUUUCUCUGUUUUCUCACUUUUUCUUGCUGCUCCUCUGCUGCUUCUUGUUCAUUCCACCAGUUUCAAGUCAGGCCUGGGAUGGUGUCAUUGUCACGGCAGCGGAUUUCCAAGCACUUCAAGCGUUCAAGCAAGAGUUGAUUGAUUCAAAAGGGUUCCUAAAAAGCUGGAACGAUAGCGGUUAUGGUGCUUGUUCUGGUGGUUGGGUUGGGAUCAAGUGUGCUCGAGGGCAAGUCAUUGUUAUCCAACUUCCAUGGAAAGGAUUAGGUGGCAGAAUCACUGACAAAAUCGGCCAGCUCCAAGCUCUUCGAAAGCUUAGCCUCCAUGAUAAUCUCAUUGGCGGCUCCAUCCCUCGCACAUUAGGCAUUCUCCCUGAUCUUAGAGGUGUUCAGCUUUUCAAUAAUAGGCUUUCGGGUUCGAUUCCUGCUACGUUAGGUUCAUGUCCUUUGCUUCAAACCCUCGACCUUAGUAAUAAUUCACUCACGGGGACAAUCCCUGAGAGUCUUGCAAACUCCACUAAGCUUUAUAGGCUCAACCUUAGCUUCAAUUCGUUUUCGGGAUUGAUCCCGGUUAGUCUCACUCGCUCUACUUCUCUUACUUUCCUUGCCCUCCAACACAAUAACCUUUCUGGUUCCAUCUCAGAUUCUUGGGGUGCAAUGCAGAAGGAUAGCUUUUAUCAACUGCAGUACUUAACACUUGACCAUAAUCUCCUCUUUGGAACCAUACCUGCAUCUCUAGGAAAGCUACGUGAGCUUCAAGAGGUUUCUCUUAGUCAUAAUCUGAUAACUGGAACCAUACCAAAUGACAUAGGAAAGCUUUCUAUGCUUAGGAAUCUAGACCUUUCUUAUAAUGCAAUUAAUGGAAUCUUGCCUGUUAGUCUCUCCAAUCUGUCGUCUCUUGUUGUUUUAAACCUGGAAAGCAAUCGUCUUGAAAACCAGAUCCCAGAAUCACUUGUCAAUUUACAUAACCUUUCUGUUUUUGUUUUGAAAAAGAACAAAUUUAGCGGUCCAAUUCCAGCAGGUGUAGGGAACAUUUCGAGUUUGACUCAACUCGAUUUGUCAGAGAAUAAACUCAAUGGACAAAUCCCAUUUUCUCUUGCAGACCUCAAAGUUCUUAAUUCUUUAAAUGUUUCAUAUAACAACCUAUCUGGCCCUGUUCCAGCUCCUCUCUCUCAAAAGUUCAAUUCAAGCUCCUUUGUUGGAAACAUUCAGCUAUGUGGAUAUUCCGGAUCGUCUAUAUGCCCUUCUCCAGCACCUUCUCAAAAUUUCCCUUCACCAUCCGAGGAAUCUGGACGUAAACAUAGGAAACUGAGUACCAAAGAUAUGAUCCUAAUUGCUGCUGGAGCCCUUCUUAUAGUUCUGUUUGUUCUUUGUUGCAUUUUGAUAUGUUGUUUGAUCAGAAAAAAGGCAAAGCCGAAAGCUAAAGACGGUCAAACAACAACCAGAGCUGCUGCUGCUGCUGGUGGUGGAAAGGGAACUCCACCUGCUGGUGGUGAAGUCGAAGCAGCAGAGGGUGGCGGGAAACUAGUCCAUUUCGAUGGACCCAUGGUUUUUAGUGCCGAUGAUCUUCUGUGUGCAACUGCGGAGAUUAUGGGGAAGAGCACCUAUGGGACUGUUUAUAAGGCCACAUUAGAGGAUGGAAACCAAGUAGCAGUGAAGAGACUUAGAGAAAAGAUCACCAAAGGUCAGAGAGAAUUCGAAAAUGAGGUUACUGUGCUCGGGAAAAUCCGACACCCAAACCUUCUAGCUUUGAGGGCUUAUUACAUGGGACCAAAAGGAGAGAAGCUUCUUGUUUUCGAUUACAUGCCUAAAGGAAGUCUUUCAAUUUUCCUUCAUGCUCGAGGGCCCGAAACACCUAUUGAUUGGCCAACAAGGAUGAGAAUAGCAAAGGGGGUUACUCAAGGUUUGCUGUACCUUCACAGUCGAGAGAACAUUAAUCACGGAAACCUUACAUCAAGUAACGUCUUACUUGAUGAUGACACAAGCGCUAAAAUAGCAGAUUACGGGAUAUAUCGCCUAAUGACAGCUGCUUCAAAUGCAAACAUAGUGGCAACAGCCGGGGCAUUAGGCUACAGAGCACCAGAGCUUUCGAAGCUGAAGAAAGCAAACACAAAAACUGAUGUGUACAGCCUGGGAGUCAUCAUAUUAGAACUCCUAACAGGGAAAUCUCCAGGAGAGGCGAUGAACGGCAUGGAUUUGCCGCAAUGGGUUGCCUCUAUAGUGAAGGAAGAGUGGACGAAUGAAAUCUUCGAUCUGGAGUUGAUGAGGGAUGCAUCUUCCAUCAGUGAUGAGUUGCUGAACACUUUGAAACUGGCUUUACAUUGUGUUGAUCCAUCACCAUCUGCACGACCAGAAGUUCAGCAGGUUCUUCAGCAGCUAGAAGAGAUUAGGCCAGAAGUUCCUUCGACAAGCGAGUGAGAAAAAACGUUGUUAGGCAAUAUGUUCUUCUGUUAGGCAAUAUAAUAUAAUUCUUUCAUUCUUCUUAAGAUAAUAAUGAUUUUGUCUGUGUAUAUGAGUAUGUUCAAUUGCAAUUAAGGAUGUUGCCUUGAA